AUGGACAACCCGAUGGACAAGCUGGCUCUUCUGGAUCAGAACAUGGCUGACAGCUUAGUCAUGUACUGUCAACCUAGUGUCGUUGAAGUCAAUAAAAUCAAAGCUUUUGACUGUAAAAACGAUAAUGAAGAACAUGCUUAUAAAAAUAUUAUUGCCAGCACGGCUGCAGAAUGGUGCAGCUUGAUUGCUUCUACAUUUGAGCAUCUAGAAAACGAUGUAAUUGAUAAAGAUUAUCUACGUCAAAUGUUUGAUUUAAUGAAACGGUACGUUUUUAAUCAUUUUUAUUUAAAAACAUUAGUAUAAUGUUACACUUCAAUGUCAAGUAAUAUUUCAAGCUAGUAAUUUUAACAAAAAAGGCAAAAUGGUUUACUAAAUACACAUAGUUGAACAUUAAAACAACCCUCAUUUUAGAUUGCAUUCUAUAAUUACCAGGAACUUUCGUGCUCGUCCCAUCAACGACCCUUGCUUGAUAUGUAUGUCAGAUGACAUAAAAAUACCUGUAUACUGCUUCUACUGUCAACAUUGUUUGGGGUGCUUAAACUGCAUCGAAGACUAUAUACAUGAAGAUUAUAAUACAUGUCUUCGAUGCCACCGAGAACCACUUCGGGUUAUAGUUUCAUUAAAAGAUAGUGGGGAGUACGACUACAAAAGAACGUGGAAACACUUCGAUUAAAUUACACUUUGUUUGUUAUAUAUUUUUGUUACUACUUUAUUAUCAUGCUUUUAUUUUUAUACUAAGAUAAAAUAUUUAAAGAUAUAUUUGAAAGUAAUUUUCACUAUUUGUUUAUAAUAUGCGUACUAAUAAUACCACUGCUUUAAAGCAAAAACUAAAUAUAAAAUAUUUAGUUUUUGCAAUAGCUGUAAGCCUAAAUAAUUUUGAGUAAUGACUGAACCUAUGUUUCAAGCGUUUUUUAGCCAAAAACAAAGUUUACAUCGAUGGUUUCUUUAGUGUCAGUCUACACCGAGGGUAACACCCAUUUUUGCGUCACGGCGUUGUUGGUGAUGGUUGUUUUUUGCCAUUGUAAAAGCUGCUCGUGCCUUAUCUAUACGAACUUUUGCUUUACCACACGCGUGUCUUCUCGUAUAUCCUUUUUUUUGUUUAGAAUGGCUAAAUCCAAGUCCAAGAAGAUGGCAACUCAACUGACAAAAAGAGGACCUAUAUCUGGUAAUAAAGAUACUACUCCUGAAGAGAAGAAGGUAACAACUCCUGAACAGAAGGUUACUAUUCCUGAAGAGAAGAUAACUACAACAGAAGAGAAGACGACUGCCCCUGAAAAGAAGGUAACUGUCCCUGAAGAAGAUGACAUUGAUAGAGUUCUACAUUUCUCUCAGCCAACUGUUAUUGAACUAAGACAAAUCAGAAUGCUUGACGAUAUCAAUGAAGAAAAUAAAGAUUCCUAUCAUAAAACGGUAAGAAAAACAGCCGAUAAGCUGUGCGGAUAUUAUGGAUCCAUGAAGAAUAGUCUAGAGAAAGAAGUGGUUGACAAAAAAGCUCUGGAUGAAACUAUAGAAUCGUUGAGAAAGUAAGUUUUGUCUUUUUUAAAUUGGUAAAGCUUUAAUAUGGUCUAUAGAAUAGUUUUUUAAUUUUAAAAAGCCCAACUUUACUUUGUGUUUUUACAAUUAAAGUUUAAAUUCAAUUUCAGAACCCGAAGUGAUUUAGUCAGAAUGUUUCAUGCUCGUCCAAUAAGAGAUGCUUGUACGAUAUGUAUCAUCGAUGAAAUACAGCUGCCAGUCUAUUGUUUGUUAUGCCAGAUUUGUAUCGGAUGUCUGAACUGUAUGACCGAGUAUUUAAAAGCAGGUGGUAGGAAGUGCUUCAGAUGCUACAGAGAGCCGUUGUGCAUGGUAAUCAGUACUAAAGACCGUAAGGAAUACGAGUGGAGUGAUAGGUGGAAAUUCAUGAACAAAAAGGAGAAGUUUCUUUGAUCAUAACGUAUCUUAUGAUGAACGGGUUUAUAAUAAUAUUAUUUUUUUAAACAAUGCUUUAAUUUUGCAUCUCAAUAUAAAUUGAUAAAUAUGACUUUUUUGAAUUAUUUUACUAUAAUAAUAAAUGUUUCUUAUUCAACUACAAGUUUAACUUACCCAAAAUGUAAUAUAUAAUAUACUAAUUUAUUAUUAAAAGGUAUAAAUGCACAAACUACAUAGUAACAUACGUAGUGACUCAUUCAUAUUCAGGUAAAUGGGUGUCAUUGGAUUAAGCGGAUCUACUGCAAAGUAAAGAGUAAUAGCAGUUGUAUUUUGUCACUACACAGUUUCAAGCUUUUUUUUAACUUUAUUUUUUGAUAUACAUGUUAGAGUUAUACUACACAUAUUAACCUUGUUAUUUCUUUGUAAAGGCGAUUAUGAAUUACUUUUAAACUACCAAAUUUUUACAGAAAUUCCUUCUACUAUAUUGUAACGUAGACUCUCAUAACCAUUGGCUCUCAAAGUCAAUUUAUAGGUUAGUAAUUAGAGUGGUUGCAAUGAUAACACUUGCAAGUGUUUUACAAAGUAUACCGAAUAUUGAACUACAAAACAUUUGGAAGAUAUUUCUGUUAAUAAUAAUUUCUUGUGUGGUUAUGCUGUCUUACAGUAAUAUGAACAGUUCUAAAGAAAUUAUAACCAAAAAUACAUAUCGUGCCAUAGAAAAUGCUACUAGACUGAAAUGGUCUCCAGAAUCUCGACAAAGUGAAAUUGUGCCGCCCUUCAAACAAUUUGAGAAACGUUACAGGGUAAGCCAUGUUUUUUGAAAAUCUUCUUAAAAUAUAUUACUUUACGUAUAACCAUAAAUUACGUUACAGUAUUCACCCAAACAUAAAAUAAACGUUUGUGUGAUCGAGAAGAACAUGUCUACAAUAUUGACUGCCAUUAUGUGUUACCUAUAUGACUCUCUCAAUUUUGUCAAAAAGAAACGAAACAUUAACAAAGAAGUCUUCCACAUACGGUAAGCACUUUGAGUGUAUAAGCUUGUCAGUUGUUGUAUACAAGAGCUUGGUGAUUAAAUAUGUUCGAGCGCUCAAAAGAACCCCCCUUAUUCCUAAAAAAAAUUCAGGCCGGUUUUGCUUUAUAUAGUAUUAAUAGUUUCAAAAUUUAAAUACUUCAGGUUAUGCAAAUACAAAAACGAAGCCACAGCAAUAGGAAAGAUGAAAGACUACAGCAAGUUCAGAGAUGCCUACAUGCAUUUGGCCGUUAGUCGAGAACCUAUUGAAAGGUUCAUUUCUGGAUUCACAGACAAAUGUUUGAUUGAAAAGAUCUACAAAAAACGAAAAAAUACUUGUAACAAUUGUCAAGGAAACGUGACAUGCUUCAUUGAGAAAGAGUACGAGCGCAUGAUGAGGUACUCAGUUGGAGAGCGAGUCAACUCUUUCGAUGAUCAACAUUUCUUUCCUCAGAAUUGGUAAGAUUAUUAUCUUUAAAAUACAGUUUAUCAGAUUUACAAUCAAAGUCUAGGUUAUCAUUGAUAAGAAACUCAAAAAUAUUGGCAAAUAUGUUCAGCACAAUCGAAUUUUAGGCGCUGUCAAUUCUCUACCCACUUCGCCAAUUACAAUAUCAUAAAAUACUCCAAAACCCAUGAAGGCACGGUCAGCUUCUUCAACGAACUAUUCAAUUACUUUCGCCAACAUAAUGUGACAAACCAGCAGAUCCAGUUCAUUCAAAAUCAAGUCAAUUCUGGUCGAACCAAGCACUCAACAUCAGAUAAGACUAUAUCACUAGCUUUGGAGAAAGAAGUCAGAUCUAGUCGUUAUUUGAUGCAGAUGUUGAUACGAAUGUACUACUAUGACUUUGUACUCUUUGGGUAUGAGGUCCCUACUGUGUACUUAUAG